CUGAGAUAAGGCUGUUGUCGGGUGUCUCCCCUAUGACUCCCUUGAGGGGGGGACGAGGGCAGACGGCUGAUGCCUGGAGCUGGUGAAAGUGCCACACGGAGCCGGACCCAGAAUGGGCUCUAAGUACCCACGAUCCAUGCAGGGCUUCCUGCCCCUGUGGACCCUAGUGCUGGAGGUGGCUCUCAUUGUCAUCUUCUUCUUUUUCACCUCCUAUGACGCUUCCUCCCAGGAUCCAAAGAAGCUCAUGGAGACCUAUCGAGUCCUGCAGGAUGUUACCAUCAUGGUGGCCCUUGGCUUUGGCUUCAUCAACUCGUCUUUGCGGCGAUACGGCUGGAGCAGCGUGGCCUUCAACCUCUUCUUGCUGGCCCUGGCAGUGCAGUGGGCAGUCCUACUGGAUGGGUUCCUGGAGCAGCUCUCCCCUAAGAAGGUGGUCAUCAAACUGUCCAGUAUUAAGCUGGCCACCAUGAGCGCCAUGUCUGUGCUCAUUUCAGCGGGUGCCGUUCUAGGCAAGACCAACCUGGUGCAGCUGGUGCUGAUGGCACUGGUGGAGGUGACAGCCUUUGAUGUCAUGAGGAUGAUCCAGAGGAAGUACUUCAUUAAGGACAACCACGUCAACAUGAUGCACAUCCACGUGUUUGCAGCCUAUUUUGGGCUGAUGGUGGCCUGGAGCUUCCGGAGGCCUCUGCAUAAGAGAGUGAUGGAGAAAGAUCAGACAGCAAAGAGCUCCAGUUUGUUUGGCAUGCUGGGAACCCUCUUCUUAUGGAUAUUCUGGCCGAGUUUCAACUCUGCUCUGCUGCUGGACUCUCCAAACGAAAGGAAGAAUGCCGUGUUCAACACCUACUAUGCUCUUGCGGUCAGCGCGGUGACAGCCAUCUCGGUGUCGUCCUUGGCUCACCCCCAAGGGAAGAUCAACAUGAAUCAUAUCCACAAUGCGGUACUGGCCGGAGGUGUGGCUGUGGGUGCCUCGUGUUAUCUGAUCAGCUCUCCUUGGCUUGCCAUGGUGCUGGGCCUUACAGCUGGACUGAUCUCCACCGGAGGAGCCCUGUGCCUGCCGAUGUGUUUUAACCACGUGCUGGGGAUCCACGACACCGGUGGCGUGUACUACACCUUCGGCUUGCCGGGGCUCCUCGGAGAGAUCGCCCACAUCGUGCUGAUCACGUAUCAAGUCGACCAGACCAAGAGUGCCAUGAUUAACUACCAGUUGCUCUUGGACAUUGGGGCACUGAGCUUGGCCAUGGCCAUGGGUCUGCUCAUUGGUCUUUUGACAGGUUUGGUCUUAAACCUCAAAGUAUGGAGAGGACCUCAUGUAUCUAAAUAUUUUGAUGACCAAGCUUUCUGGGAGUUUCCUCAUUUGGCUGUUGGAUUUUAAGCCAAAGCAUCCAAGAAGCAGAAGUCCUGUCUGAAAUCGAGGCCACCUCCUUUCAUGGUUAUUCACCCUUUUUGUGUGUACAACAGACACUCUUUACAGUGAAGUCUCCCUAAUUACAUACAAUGAGACAAGGUCAGAGAUAAAUGCGAUAUUUAAAAAAAGAUUAAACAUUUGUUUAAAUGGUCA